AGUGGAGAGGCGACUUUAUAAGAACCUAGAUAAUAACCUAUUUAGACCCUAGCUACCAACUAUCUUAUUUCAUCCUAAAUUCUGUCAAAGAUCUACAUCAUUGCACUUCCCAAUACAAUGUUGCCCUACACGCUCUCUCUAUUGAUGCUAGUAGCAUCAGUCUUCGCCGAUUGUGCUACCAUCAGUUUCACCCACUGCGCCGACAAUAUUGUGCAUUGGUACAAUCCAAACACGGGCGAAAUAUGCGAUCCUCUUGAUUGUGGUGGUGGUCGAGCUCCUCCUAAAACUGAUGUACCCGGAUGCCCCUUGUAUAAAGGCACAGAAACUCGCGCAACUUCAGCCUCGUAUCUCCCCUGCUGGACGCCCUUGAACGCUGCACCCGCGACAGUUGCAGUGGCCGCUACUACUUCGACAAGUGUCGCGGAAGCUGCUACUUCAGCAACUGCUCCAUUGUUGGCAUCCUCGGCCACAUCAACAGGAGCCCCGGUUCCUGAAUCUUCGACAACAACAACAACAACUGCUGCUGUCAGCUCGGCUGGAACCACGACUGUCCCUACUACAAUUACAUCCGCAGCCACCACUUCCAUUCCUUCAACUACCGCUGCGUCGUCUGUCUCUUAUGCUGCACCAUCUGUCUCCUCAGCUGCUGGCGAUACCGGAGCGCACAGCACAAGUAGUGCCGCCGUGCCACCAAAACCGACUGGUAGCAAUGCUGGGAAUAUUCUGGAUGGGUCAUUGAUGGCAGUUGCUGGAGCUGCCAUAGAUCAGAUUUACCCUCACUAUUACACCGUCAACUCUAAACGAUCAUGCAAUCUGAAGCCCCGAAGGAGCGAGGUCACCCCUUUCAUGAGCUGGAUACUCUCUAUUCAAACGGCGCUGGGUGGUAGCGCUGAAGAUUUCAACAUCUCUAUACAAGCUACUCGCUGUAGUGCCAUGAUUAGCGAGGGACUCCGAUUGGAUCCUGGAUUAAGGGCGUGUUUCCCUGACAAAAUAAGAUCGAAAGCUUACUGUUCUGGAGUAUCGAUACCAGUUGCACCACACGGUCUCUACUCACGCCUUGAAUCCUCCAAUGUCGACCCAGUCUUUGAGGAUCUUGAUAGUCUGGACGAGGUGCAAGUUUUCUUCGAAACCGCUGAGAAUCCUGACGUACCAGACAUCGACCCUAGUCCGAUCUAUUCAGUCACCCAUGUGGAUAUUUCGCCUGAGUUCAAACGUCGACUAGUUAAAGCCAAUUCCCCGGAUCCAAAGCUUUCCAAGGCUUUCCAAGAUUCUGAUCUUAACGAUGAUAAAGAAGCCUCUUUGCCUUCUGUGGUUCACGAUGAAUGA